CCCUGGCAUUUCCUGUGUCAGUUGGAAGCAGCAGUGGGAAGGGUAAAGAGUGGUGACAAACAGCAGAAGUGGUUUCUUGGACCAAACUAAAACACUGGUAUUCAUUUAAACGGUAUUAGCUGACAGCAGAGAUGCAUUUAAGUAUUUGUUCAGCAAUGCAGAGGAGUGAGAUGGAGGAUCCAGUAGCUGAUAGCAGUGCGGAUGAUACAGAGAUACAGAGCACCGCUGCAUCUGAGAUGACCAACAGCCCUAAAGAAGCCAUAACACAGCCGGAUGGCACACCAACCAACAAUUCUCAGGCAGAGGAAGGCUUGGCAGAGGCUGGAGCGAGUUCUGCCUCCUGUGACAUGGCUGAGGAACUGAGCAGACAGCUGGAGGACAUCCUCAGCACCUAUUGUCUUGAGGAUGGUGGUGUUGGCGGUGAGGAUGCGGCGGUGACCAACGGCCAGCCUGAUGGUGUGGAAGUGAACGGGCUGUCUGAGAAGGAGGCCAAACUGAACGGCAAUGGAUGCACUGAGAAGGACCGGAAAAAGCUGCAGGACAAGAAGAAAGUGAAGGGCUUGGGCAAGGAGAUCACCCUUCUUAUGCAGACUCUCAACACAUUGAGCACUCCAGAGGAGAAGCUGGGUGGCCUCUGUAAGAAGUAUGCUGAGCUGGUAAGACAUGAUGAUAUCAAAAGAUGUCAACAUCUCAGGUCAUGUGUUGUAUAA